AUGCCCACAGAAUCGCUUCUGUGCGAACCAAUUGACGAGUCCAAUUUUUCUAACGAGAAUGGCGAGAUAUAUCUCUUCCAAUGGCUUGCUUCCACGGAGAAGGCGGUAAGACAGGCCUCCACGGCGGACCUGAAGUCAUCCCAGGGAGAUCUGGAAGCAACACUGGUGAAGAUUGUCACUGCUCCGGAGCCCUAUCCUUUACCUGGACGUCCCGUGAGGAACCUCAUCGCGAAAUGUUUGAUAUCCCUGUAUACCCGCGCGGAAACGAAGACGCUCUUUGACACGGUGCAAGCUUUUCUCAAGAUCGUUGGUGACUCUAAAACGCCUCACAAAGAUGCUAGCAGGGUCGCAGCAUUGUACUGUAUUGGAGAGCUCAUGGGGGUAUUCGGCAGCCAAGUUAUGUCGCUAAUGGGCGAGAUCGCGGCGGUCACCUUGAAGCUGUCCAAGUCGUCAAGCCCAAUCAUCAUCCGAUACCAUGCGCUGUGCGCUCUGGAGAAGAGUAUGACAACGGCGAAACGAGCCAUAACUGAUUCAGUGGCCAAGGACAUCAUUAAGCAAAUGCGGCACCAUCUUGGGGAUAAGGCGCUACCCGUACAGCGUGGAGCGUGUAAUGUAUUGAUCCUCAUGUAUCCGUCCGGAGACGGUACCAGGUCUGUUUCUGACGUGGAUUCCAUCAUUUCGCUGUGCGUACGGAGCCUGGAGAACUCAGAUCAACUCACGCGGCGAUCGCUCUCCAAGCUCGCCGCGCACAUGCUUGCGUCCACCCAGGUCCCGCGGGUAGUGCCAGUGGUCGAGACGUCCAAGAAGGGCAAGAAGGGACAGAAUGCAAACGAAGACGAGGAGGACAUUGCGCCUGUGCCCCAUGUUACUGCAGAGGAGGCGAAGCCUGUCAUGACGCCCACGGAGAUGUUGAACCAGUUGUCUAUCCACUUCAACCGCCCGCAGGCUUCGCGCAAGACUCGUAUUGGCAUCUUCGAUUUCUAUGCAGCACUCUUGGCCCUUCUGGGCUCGAGUUUCGUCGAGAGCAAUUAUCCUCUCAUCGUUAACCACUUCAUGACAGAGAUUGUGUCGAACCCUCGCAAUUCAUCUACCCGCUACGAAGUCCUCUCUAUCCGCUCCUUCGUAGAGAUUCUGCUUAGAGAUCUUGUCGGGGUGCGUAUGUUGGGAGAGCAGGCGCAGAUCACUGCUAUCCAGGAACUUUCGAAUCUGUAUCUCAAACGGUGGCCUGCCAUGAUGCCAGGGCAGACGGCACCAAAUUCGUUGUGCUUGGCUAUUGCCCUUCGCGAAGUAGCAGGUUUGUUACGGCAGUUGGGCAACGCACCACCCCCUGUACAGGAUGCCUUGGUAGAUCCAUUAUUGACACUUCUCUCCCACCCGAGCCACACCAUUCGAGUGAGUACGGCAUGGGCACUACGCUGCUUCUGCUACUCAACACCCCUACGCCUUCCGAAAGUGCUGCUCAGCAUCGUCGAGAUGCUGCAGCGCGAUCUGACGUCUUUGACCACACCCGCAGCUCCGGCAGACAUACACACGCGUGCACUCGGCCAUGCCUAUGGCCUGGCAGCGCUACUGGCCGUCAUACCUGAACGGCCGCUGUACGUAUCUUACGACAUCAGUGCGAAGGUCUUUGACAUGGCCGUGCAGUUGCUCAAACGUGCGGGCGAGCAUGAAGUCAAGAUCGCAAGGACAGAGAUCGAAAUCGCCUGGAGGUGUAUCGCAUCGCUGAUGACGCUGGGACCGAACUUCCUGCGCGCACAUCUACCGCAAUUACUCGUCCUCUGGCGCAACGCGCUCCCAAAGCCGACGUCAAAGGACGGGGCAGCAGGGCGGAGCCCGAUGGAGUGGAUGUUCCUGCUGCACGUCCGUGAGAGUGCGCUGGGAGCGGUGCACUGCUUCUUGAAGUACAACUCUCCGACGCUCGUCACGCCUGACGUGACCCGCCGUAUCGCGUCCUUACUCAGCAACGCGCUCCAGUUCGCAAACACAUUCGUUGCGCACCGCGUCGAGGUCAAUCCGGAGGAGCCUCAGGCAGGGGUGAAGGAGCUCUCGCUCGAGGGGCGGGAGGCCUUGCUGCGCUCACGUAUUUUUUUGUGCUUCUCGUCGCUCGGGCUCUCCAGUGUCACGGAGUCGAUCCAGUCGUCCCUGCUGCAGUCUGCAAUAUCUUUAUUCGCAAGCCCAGAUGGUUAUGCGGGAUCCUCGGUACAAGCUGCGAUUGCGUCGUCUACUGGGGCGUUUACGUCCGUUUGGCAUAGCGUUGAUGGCUAUGCGUAUGGAGUGACUGAUAUUCAGAUCGAUGACAACGAUACUGGCAAGGGUCUAAAGGCGUGGAUGAACCGUGACGGUAUAGAAAUCUCUAUUAAUGACAUGUUCCAGAAGCCGAUUAUCGGAUCCUGCGAGCACGAUCCCCUAUUCCUCUGUCAACUCAAUGACGUAGAGGCAAACCAUCGUUGGCCCGAGCCCGCACCGCCGGCUACUGCGGCCGUGAACGCUGCAAUCCAAUUAUUUGCACAACUUCUACCUCUGCAGGACCUUACUGUCUCAACGCGCACUCUGACCCAGUUGGUUGAGCUGACAGGCAAGUCCGAGCGGAAUCUUGGGCGAAAGGCUGCGGUAUCGGUCAACGCCACUGUUGCUCUCGUACUCGCUCUUCGUCAGCCGGUCACAGCGCGAUCUCGCCAGGUGUUAGGCAACGCUCAAAUCACGUCGGCGCUCUCCUCAUUCCUGAAGGACGUCCUUGUGGAUGGCGAUCUCGUCUUGCGGAAGGCCAGUAGUGAAGCCAUCGGUCGCUUAGCAAACAUUGCCGGCACCAAUUUCUUGACCAGUCAGGUUAAGAUUUUGGUGGACCAGGUCGUCACUAAUCGAGAUCCACUCGGGCGAGCAGGCUGUGCUGAAGCAUUCGGAGCUAUUCACGCUUACGUCGGUGGUCUCGCAGCUGGCCCUUUGUUGAAAACCACGAUACACGUCUUGAUGUCACUCAUCAACGAUCCCCAUCCUGUAGUGCAUUUCUGGGCUCUCGGGGCCCUCGCACGGGUGAUUGACGCGGCCAGCUUGGCAUAUGCUCCUUUUGUACCUAGCACCUUAGGAUUGCUCUUCAAGGUGUAUAUGAUGGAGUCACACGAACCGGAAGGUGGCGGGCUCAAUCAUACGAAUUUGAGCGGCGACCUGCCCACCUAUCAAGUCGUUUGUCAAAACAUCGACGCGGUCAUCACCGUUCUUGGGCCGGAUAUCCAGGACUCAACUCGCUCCAGAACGCUUGUCCUGGAUCUGGUUCGCCAAUUCAUCGACGAAGACGAUGAUGGGAUAUGCGUGGAGGCCAUCAACUGCAUUCAGCACUUCCUCAUGUUCGCGCCGGAGUAUGUCGAAGUACCAGACCUGGUAAUGCGGUUUAGAGGAUAUCUGUCUUCCUCGCGGAGACCGCUCAAACUCGCGUCCAUCAAUGCAUUAUACCAAUUGGUGCAGAAAGACGCAUUUGCCAUGUCUCGUCUCGGCGGCGACCAGUUGGUAGAAGAGCUCUUCGCGAUGCUCGACGAUGACUCUUCUGUGGAUGGUGUCCGCAAUGUCAUCGUGAGCUGGCUCCACCAAACCGUCAUACAUAAUCCUUCCGCUUGGAUCGAUCUGUGCCAACGCAUCAUGUCACGAACGACUGCGUCGCAACAGGUUGCAGACGCUGCAGCUAAACGCGGAGAUCUUCUGGAUGACGAAGGACAAUCACUCAGUGUAGGAUCGGCUCAAGACUCGGGUGCCUUUGGAGGUGCACGGUCGACAUCUCGUUGGAGAACACAAUUAUUUGCUUUGCAGUGCUUGCAUAGUAUCUGCAUGAUUGUCAGACAAUCCAGCAGGAAAGAACACUUAGACUUAGCGUUUGCACGAAGUCAGGGUCUUCCGGUAGCCGGCUUGCUUGUGUCUCGUGUUCCGGACCUUAUCAAGAUAGCAUUCACAGCAUCAGCUGCGCAUGUCACUGAGAUUCGUCUCGAGGGCCUUACUGUACUACGGGACAUCAUCGAAGUAUUCGCGAAAACACCAGAUCCUGACUACAGCGAAUCUCUCCUGCUGGAACAGCAUCAGGCUCCUAUCACUGCCGCCCUCACGCCAGCGUUCUCCUCUGAUUCGACGCCGGAAAUACUGGCUUCUGCUAUUGGUGCUUGUGCUGUAUUCGUCGGUUGUGGUGUUGUCAAGGAUGUCAAUAGGAUGGGACGCAUACUGAAGCUUUUGACGUCUGCGCUCGAACAGUCUAAAGAGUCGGGAAUGUUGUCUCUAGGUGAUGCCGCAGAGCUUAGUCCGAAUGCGUCUGUCAUGUUGCGCAUUGCAACUUUAUCUGCCUGGGCAGAGCUCGAAGUGGCCAGCAGUCUCCAGUCAUAUCUUGUUAAUGUCAUCAAACCAUACAGGAAGACUCUUGCUUCACUAUGGAUAGCAUCCCUAAGAGAUUAUGCCAGCAUUCGUGCAGACACGGAAGCCUUCGACGACUCCUCAUCCGGACCUUUAGACUCUUCGUACUCCAGCCUAGGCAGGGAGGUUCUUCUUCCGUACUAUUUGGAUGCUUGGCCGGUCAUUCUGCAAGCAGUUGCCACAGCUAUGGUUGCCGAUGAUCCACACAUCUUAGCUGCCAUGGAUGGGCAGGACUCCAUCUCCACUGACACGUCGCAAGUACCAGCUCAUCGUGAUGAACCCACUGCCUUCUUCUUCGUUGUGUUCGGGUUGGUGUAUGAGACGCUCGUCGCGUCUGUACCAGAUUCCGAUAUCGCUACUCAGCGAACAUCUAUUAUCGCACUACGAGCCUUAAAGUGUCUCGUGCAAAACAAGUACUGCGGCAAUGUCUUCAAUGAAAGCCCCAUCUUUGACGAGCUGAUCAACUUGUUCUAUCGUAUGGCUUUGACCGAACCUUCAGGAGUACAGAUAUACCUCGUGGAAACGCUCGCGAGUCUCUCACAGAAUUUGACAUCCACGCAGGCUGAAACAAUGACCAACGGCCAUAUGUCGCGAGAGGAUCUUCUAAGUCUACCUCAAGUCCACUGUCUGAGAAUCUGUGCCUAUGUCUUGCGGAGGGCGAUCAAAGGUCCUCGGAAUGGCGUGGUCCAUGAUGGAUCUACACCGAUGGAGAAGGUCGCACUGAUCAACGCUGCUUUCGACACAUUUUCAACCAUAGCAUUAACCUUCGGUCCCGUUCCGAAGGAACAGUUCAGGGCGGUCGCUAUCACCUUAUAUAGCGAACUUCUCCGGAACGAGACAUCUGAAGUUGAUCUCGUGGGACCAACCUUGCAAUCGCUGAAAACUUUGCUCGAAGGGCCUUCUAACCUUGCGGAACUUGAGGACAAUUAUGAACGAGUUGUUCAUGGUCUCUUAUCAGCGUGCUUGGUGAACGUUGAUGAAAUGAGAGGACGGCAGGGUGCCAUUUCGUUCAGAAAGAUCAAGAGCAAUCUUCUAGCCUCUGUCCUUGUCUUGACUGUCAUCUCUCCAUCCGUGAAGGUGGCAUCAGCUAUCAUCGAUCACUGUUGCUUCCUUGUAUCUCAAAGGCUCAUAGAAGCUGAUGAGAUGUCGUUAACUGCAGCGCACUGCACUAAAACCUUGAUCAUGGCGUCUGCUUCCGGAAAUGCCGCCCUGCGUCAAUGUGCCAGGUUAUUGCUCCCAGGGAUGAUUGAAUGCCUCGUAAAGAUAGCGGCAUCAAGCAUAGAGGGCACUGUCUCAGAGCAGCAUCUAGCAAUUCUCGGAGAGAUAUACAAGGCCUUUUCGACUUUAUUCCUGUCAAUUGCUGAGGAUAUUCGUCCUCGAGCACUUGGGAUCCUGAUGCCCUCCAUCAUCCUACUUCUUGACCCGGCGAGAACCACCCCAUCGUCGAUGCAUUCGCAAAGCGUCAAUCAGCUUCUGUCUUUUGCCGCCGCAUCCCCGUCUGCAUUCAAAGAGGCCACAGGGAAAUUAAGUCCAGAAAUGAGGGAUACGUUGGAGGCGUCAAUUCGCCAGGUACUGGGCAACAAGGGUCCUACAACGGAAGCUCCAAAACCUCAGAUAUCUUUGCGUUCGUUCUGA